GGGCACAGAAGCCACUUCAGGAGGAGGGCAAAUGAAUUCUUUGUAACGCCACCCUAAAUAAACCAAAUAAAUUUAAGGCGACGUCUAGUAGAGGGCACCCCAACAUCUUCCCCGAGUAUCCAGGAAAAGCGAACUUGAUUUUUUAAGAGAACUCCUCAGAGCCAUCCAAGGAGUUAGCAAGCGUGUCAGUUUAGUGAGGAGGGAAAGGAUGGCACAUCCCUUUACCUAUAGGACACACACACACAAACAAACACACAAUUCUCCCACGCCGGUUUCCCUGCAAAGAUAGGAAGAAGGGAAAAACAAAGCGAACCACCUCAUCCGUUCACCCCCAAACAGGAGGAUUUAUCGCGCGCGCGAGGCCACGUUUCUUGCCACCUCAAAGAAAGCUUGACUGCAGACCCGCACAAAGUCCUCUCCACUUCGGGAAAGAUACUCUGAGUGAAAUCUUCAGAGGCAGAUUAAAAAUAUUAAUUUUUUUGAAAAAAAAAAGGAGAGACGAAUUUAGCGCAAUAGGUUUUACAGUUCCAAGAGGGCUGCUGUUUGACACACACGGGGAGAAGAGCAGGUUCUUAGGACUUUGGAGAGAUGCAUCCGUGUCCACGGAGGCGGGUAGUUGGAUGCCCGGAUCUGUAUGUGGGAUUGAGGGGGGAAUGCAUCGGGAAGAUGCAUGUUUCUUGCCUGCCACAUAUCUGAUGUUAGGGAUUCUUGGAUACACCCAGAAUCCUGGAGAAUGCGGACCCUGCCCUGUGCGCUCAAGUGCCAGGCACUGAGGCAAAGUGUCUAGCGGGCAAGCAACCCCAAUCCUUCACAUCGGGAUAUUCUGCUAGUGGGCACAGACAGCCGGGCACACACAGCCCGUGACACCCACCAGAGAGCCUGGUGGCACACCCAAGGAAACAGGCUGACGAAUCUCGCAAGGCCGUGUUUUAUCAAGUCCACCCCACUCAUUGAUCUGAAUCACAGGCAAACUUUCCCCAGGCCUCGCCGGGGUGGAAAACUCGCGCUUGCCUUCGAUCGCCUCGAAGACUUUGGAGGAUUUGUGUCGUUUCACACCCAAAAGCCUCCAACGUUCGAACAGGGGUAGAAUUCGAAUCGGUCGUCAUACCCCGAAUUUAGCACCAGGUGACGCUCUAGACUCAUUGUCUUGGUGUUUUGAGUGUGGGGCCUUUUUUCUCUCUUUUUUUCCCCCUUUCCUUCCCAGGGCUUCGUUAUGCCAACAUAUCACAUACGUUGCACGGGCUUCCAUCAAUAACCUCCUGGGGUCAUCAAGCCAAAUUUAUGACUGGCCAACACUGUCACGUGAUUCUCUUUAAACAUCCCAUAUUUGGGCAGCGCACAUAGAAUAAAGAAAAGAAGAAUCCCCACCUAUAAAUUCUGCACUUUGGAGAACAAAAAACCCUGAACUUCAAAAGGGCCACAAAUCAAGUCUAAUCAAAGGGGUGUAAGAGAGAGAGCGAGAGCGCGCGCGACAGCGAGGGAGAGGGAGAGAGGGAGAGAGAGAGAGAGAGAGAGAAGCUGGGUGGGGGGGGGAAUAUAAUUCCUGACAUGAGUUCCUACGUAGCCAAUUCCUUCUAUAAGCAAAAUCAAAAUGUUCCUGCGUAUUCCAUGCAAAGUUAUGGGAAUUAUGGAUCACUGCCUGAGGUUCAGCCCUCCAGGUGCUGCUACACUGGGCUGGAUCUGAGCAUUACAUUCCCUUCAUCUGGGGCUUCCAAUUCUCUGAACGGUGUGGACGUGUCUUCAACCCCCAGAUCUAACCCUGACCGGCCUUCCUGUACUGUCAUGGGAUCUUCAGGGCACACUUUAGGCAGAGAUGACCAGGCUCCUCUAAACCCAGGAAUUUACAGUCAGAAGGCUGGUGGCACCAACAACCCCACGCCGUUGGAAGAUAGAUCUAAAACCAGUGGGGAAAUCAAGAGUGAACCGGUGCAAGCAGCCCAGCCCAGCGGCCAGCCUGUUCAGCAGUCGCCGCAGCAGCCACCACAAAUCUAUCCGUGGAUGACCAAACUACACAUGAGCCACGAAGCAGAUGGCAAACGUUCUAGGACCAGCUACACUCGCUAUCAGACUCUGGAGCUAGAAAAAGAAUUCCACUUUAACCGCUAUCUCACCCGUCGGAGGCGCAUAGAGAUCGCCAACAACCUGUGUUUGAAUGAGAGGCAGAUCAAAAUCUGGUUUCAAAAUCGGAGGAUGAAAUGGAAGAAAGAUUCCAAACUGAAAAGCAAGGAGUCUGUCUAGUCCUACGGCCUCGGCUUCUAUCCAUUUUGCAAGUCUUGGAAAGUUCAGGUCUGUUGAAAUGCCUACUAAUACUUUGCGUCCAAGUCGGAUUUUUGCGCCCCGAAGCGACCACGCGAUAUGAGAGCACUUUCUUCGCGGCUCCAAUCCUACCCGCCGGCCGUCCGGCUCGAGGGGCGCCGCCUCCCGAGUAAACUCGCCUCCUAGGAUCGGGCAAAGCGCGAGCUAGUGGUCUCGAGACAAUAUUGACGUUUCGCGCGCGUGGAAUAAAAAAAAAUUGCCUCGUGUAGUUUCCUAGAUGCUCUUAACCGGAGGCGGGGUGGGGUGGGGGGACCCUGGGAAAUCUGUUUGCUCCAGAAUAUGUUUGUUCAGUGCUGGGGAUGUUUUCUGUAAUUAUCUUAUUCCCUCUCCAUUUACUUAUUUUUGUAUUAUUGAUCUAUGAAAGAAAGUGAAACGGACUAAGAGCAACACUAUUUCCGCAUCUCUCCUGGGAGAUAAUUGUGCAAAAUAGUACAGCACUGUGGAGGAAUGGAAUGAGGGGGUUGAUGGAAAAGAGUGUGCAUUCACUUGGCUUAAAUAUUCCCGUGUAUUUAUUUGUUGUGUAAUUAAUGUAGUAUGUACAUAUAUAUACAAUCCUUAUCCAAAUUACACUUUGUUUACAUAUAGUCCAUUUAAAUUUUAGUCUCUUCCCCCCUUCCUUCUCCCUGUUGUUGUAAUACCUACAGUAUAUUUAUUGAUUGUAAUAUCAUAUGUGAAAGCCCGUGGAAUGAAUGAACAGAUGAAUAUUCAUAGAUAUGCAUAUUCACCAAAAUAAACUGUAAAAGAAUA